AUGACUUCGACUUUAUUAUUAAGACGAGCUGAUAGUGAUAGCAAAUGCAAUAAAAAAAAUUCAAGCAGUCAGUACUGUGAGACGGGUCAAAACACGUCUGCUUUGGUCAUCUCUUUGGCUGUUGUCAUUCCUGUGGUAGUUAUUGGAAUAAUUGUCGGAUUCUUUACUUGGAAAGCAUACAGGAGAAAUAAGAAGGAGGCACUGGAAGACGACGAUCCCGAUUUCAACGGUGACAAUAUAGUACUUCCCGACAUUGCCAAAGGUGGAGAUCUUGAUGAUACUGGCAGAUACCGUUAUCCACCCACUGCCACGAAUAGCAGCAUUCAGUUACCUCAACCAGCUGCCGAGAAUCCUUUCAAUGAUCCAACUAAUCGUUCUCCUGGCUCCAACAUUAGCCACAACAACAACUCGAACACUUCCAGAACCGGCCCUUUCCCCCCCUCAUCAUACUAUAGAAAUGCAUCCCAAAUGAGCCUUGCACAUUCGUUCCAUAACCCUGUUGAUUCAAUUGUUAUUCCCUUUGCAGAAGAGACGGGUUCCAAACGUUCUCUAGAAGACCUAUCCAGGCAGUUGGGUGGUGAUUAUGGCGGAUAUAGGUUAUCUGAGCGUAAGCUCAAUAGCGAAGGUGCACCUACUCUUCCGUUUUCAAGAAGAUCCUCUUCUAUUGCCUCAAAUUCUUCUAAAUGCUUAACCACCGCCAGUUACGAGCAGGAUCCUCAUCAUGAAACUCAUCUUAAUACCACACAGGCUCAGAAGCACGAUACUUUUAAUGAAGACCUAUCUCGCCCUGAGAAGGUUCAUGCCAAACAGCCUCUUCAAAUCAGCACGGUGAAGAGUCAAUUUCAAUCUUAUUCUGAUCCCCGAGACAACUCCAACGGGGAGCAUGAUAAACUAUCUCACUCUUCUUUGGAGGAUAAGCCUGUUUCGGCAACUGAGCUGUCUGAUAAGGGUCACUGUUCAGAUGCUACAAGCAGUGACGUGGACAGAUCAAACGGUACUCAUUCGAUGUCUCAAAUGACCUAUCAGACUCCAAGUGAAUCUAUAUCACGUAUACCUUCUCGGGAGUAUUCAUUGAGCGGAAAACUCGCUCAAACGGAGGUAGAAAUGCCAGCGACUGUUGAAGACGCCUCAGUUUGGGAACAUUCAGAGCAUGAAAAUACUAAAGGGCUUGCCUUUGAUCGUUCUAGUGGAAAUUCCGUGAUCCAGCCAGAUGGGGAUGAAGAUAAAACUAUUGGGCUGAAAGUUAAACUGGAACCAAAGGUAGAGUCGGUAUUGCCAGAGAAUGCCGAUUUGCCAGAUCUUUCAGCAGCAGCAGACAAGUAUGACGAGGCUGUGAGUCCUGAGGAAGAGGAGCAGAUUAGACGAAUGAAGUCUGUAUACAAAGUCUACUUCUCUAGGGAUAAUUCGGUUCGCUCGAAAAGCUCAAGAAGCGAUAAGCAAAGAUUCGAAGUGAACGACGAGGAAGCCCCACCUCUUCCGGAUAUGCCAAAUGUUGGUAAUCAGUUGCAACAGAACGAGAAAUAUCUACAGGAUACAACAUCUAAGCCAAUGCUAAGCGUUGACACAAUCAACAAUCCGGAUAAAGAAGCUAACCGUAUGAGUACUGCCAGUUACAGUUCAUCGGUUUAUGUGCCUACAGCAGAUCCUAAUCCGAACGAAGGUUAUUAUCCUCAUCAACAGAUUCAGUUUAUGAUGGACCAGCAACAGCAACAGCAACAGAGACAGAUGCAAGCGCGAAUGACUAGACAAAGGUACGGCCAAGCUGUUCCACCACCGCAAGCCCAGCAGCUACAAAGACAGCCAUCUGAAGUUCCUAUCAAAGUGCGAACUAGAAAUCUUGAACAGUUACCAUCACCACAUCAGUUUUCGAAUAGAAAAUCGACCCUAGAUACAUUUACAGAGUUUGAUCGAAAGCGGAGUUUACCAAGGGCCACCACUGUGGGGUCAUCACCUAGUCUGACACCAAAUUUGGAGCAAGUUCAAUGGAAUCAGGCACCUGCGAAUCCAUCUCCUCAUCAUAUUGAUGAAUCGAUGAUGAUUCACGGUCCUGUAGAGAUCGCUGCCAGUAAACAUUACAUGCCGAAGGGUAGCUUAGAGGACCAGGUGAGAAAGCUGUCUUCAUCUGCAUCGAUCAACCAGUCUCUACCGUCCCCCUCUCUUCACCACAAUGCAUUUUCUCCAAUGAGCGGGUCACAGGCUCCUCAGGGACAAGAAGGCUUGAUUCCACACUCGGGAGCUGAUCUACGUAGACAGAUGGGCAAGUUGAACUUGUAA